UUCAGACCAGGCCUGGGUGAGCUCAAGGGGGUGAAAGUUAAACUAGACAUUGACAGUAGUGUGGCUCCCAAGUUUUAUAAACCGAGGCCGCUACCUUUUGCAUUGAAGAAAAGGGUCGAUGAGCAGCUCAAGCGAGAGAUUGACAUGGGUGUGCUUGAACCAGUUGGACAUGCAGCUUGGGGUGCUCCGAUUGUACCGGUGUUAAAGUCAGACGGCAGUGUCAGAAUCUGUGGGAAUUUCAAGCUGACAGCAAAUCGUGCCAUUCGUGUUGACAAAUACCCACUUCCAAGGAUAGAAGAUCUCUUUGCCUCACUGGCGGGAGGCAAAGUCUUCACCAAACUCGAUCUGAGCCAGGCCUACCAGCAGUGCGUGGUGGAUGAAGACUGCAGAGAUGUCCUGACGAUUAACACUCACCUUGGACCUCUCAGGUAUCGACGCCUGGGCUUCGGUGUCAACUCGGCGGUGGCGUUGUUUCAGCGAGAGAUGGAGAAGUUGUUGAAUGGUAUGCCUGGUGUCUGUGUUUUCCUAGAUGAUGUGCUCAUUACUGGGAAAUCCCAGAACGACUGCUUACAGCGCACAUCUGCGGUGUUGGAGAAGCUGCAAGAUGCCGGACUCCGUGUGUCGGAGAAGAAGUGCAAAUUCUGCGUGGACAGCGUGGAGUACCUGGGGCACAGGAUCGACGCUGAGGGCUGUCACCCCACAGAGGCGAAGAGCUUGGAGGAGGAGUUUGCAUUGGACUCCUCCCGGAUUGCUGCGCUGACGUCUCGGGACACUCUGCUGAGUCGGGUGCGGCAGGCCAUAGAGACUGGUGAGUGGCCUGACGAGGAGGACAUCCGCUCAUUCUUCCACAGGAGAGAUGAGCUGUCGGUGAUCCGCGGAGUGCUGCUGUGGGGCAGCCGCGUGGUCGUGCCUGCCAAGGCACAGAAGCACGUUUUACACGAGCUACAUGAAGGACACCCUGGGGUUCGGCCUCCCGGACACCAUCGUCUCGGACAACGGUCCGGCCUUCAUCGGGGAGGAGUUCCAGCGGUUCACGAGGAGGAACGGCAUCCGUCAUGUGAGGACGGCUCCUCACAGGCCGGCAAGUAACGGGUUGGCGGAAAGGUGUCCGACAGAGUCUACGCCAGAGGCUUCGGGAGCGGACCGGUUUGGUCGCCCGGAGUGGUCGGCUCUCUCCUCGGUGCAACGAUGGCGGAGGUCCGGCUGGACGAUGGUCGACUGUGGCGCCGUCACUUCGAUCAGCUGCGGUCUGCGGGCGACUCUGCUCCGAAGAAUCGCACGGAGACGGACGUCUGCGACUUCGGACGGCUGCGGGGGAGGCGGGACC